AUGGGCUCCUUUUUCCAAUGUCUUGUUUUUCUUCUUCAUUUCAGCUUUGGAAGUAAUGUUUCUUGGAAUCGGAAUGAGUUGCAGGACCCGUGGAAUCAGCCGCAUGCAGGAAUACUGAGUAUUCGACAAAACCUUGUACCAACAAUGAAAAUGAACUACAUUUAUCAAUUAAUCGUGAUGAACGUGGUUUCUCUCUUCUGGAACACAUACUUGUCGACUGUGGCCAAUCGUUCUGUGCGUUAUAGUGUCAUCAAUGAGGUGUUAAGUGAUUGUUCAAAAAACAAUGAAACAUGGAGAGAGAUUAUUUUCUUAGAAACAAGAGAUACAAUGAGAAGUGUUGUUUUUUUCCUGCUACCCAAUGAUUUUGGAAAGGUAGCUCUACCGGUCGGGUUUGUUGAUUACAGUGAUUCUGCUACUCAGAAAGCGUCAUUUCCGCAGACAAAAACGCUAAGGCGAGAUUCUCCCAGUGCUCCCUUCCUUGGGGAUCAGACAGAGCAGAUUCCUAGAAUACCUAAAUCAGAAGAAGCGAAAAUCAUACCGCCGGCUUUUACACAAGUGAAGGAGGAGAAAAAGGUUGUUCCUACACAGAAAGUUCAAAAGAGUAUACCAGUAGUUCGUAAUGGGGAGAAGGAUUCAUAUGUCAUAAAUCCACAGAGCUUAUUGCAUAAGGUCAUUCAUUAUGAACCCUUUGUAAUUCCGCCCCCAAUUCGUACACGGAGUAUGAAGUUUAGUCCUCUGCAAGAUUUCUCGGAGUAUUACAAGUUUCUGAAAGCUGCUUCCAACCGUUGUGACUUGGAUAUCUGCAAAAGACCUUUAAAGUACUUGAAUCAGUUUUCUUCGUGGGAUUGCCGCAAGUUCCCUUCUCUCUGUUCUGACCCCUCUGCCUUUUUGAUAAUGCAAGAGCCGAAGUAUUUGGAGGGAAGAGUCGAUAUCAUUGAAAACGGAGUAGUAUCGCAUAACUUGGAUUGUGGCUGGCCGGCAGACCACACGAAGAGCGAGAAUCAAUUCGAUAGUCGAUUGGUGGGCCAUUUCCAAGGAACGUUGGUCCCUAUGGUGGUUCCUGAAGGAUUAAGUUUCCAACACUUUGUAGACGGCGUUCUUCCAAAGCUUGUCAUCCUAGUGGAUAUUCUACGGAAAGAGCCAUCCUAUACGAUGGCCAUGGAUAUGAGAAUCGUCAAGGGCAUGCCGAAGCAGUUGUUGGAACGAAUGGGAUUGCUCAGUGGUACGAUUACUUCCUGGGAUUCCCUUCCUUGGAAGAACGGGCAGCUCUACGCAGAUAAGCUGAUUAUGGGAUGCAAGGUUCCUCCACUGCAUCCCGAAUUGUGGCAGAAGGCGCAAGAUCUGUUCGAUCUGCCGUGGAAGAAAGAGGGCUGGAAACAGAAACGACACAUUAUGCUGUAUUUGUCGAGAAAGCAAGGAACGAGUAAUCCAGGACGAGAUGUCGUUAACGAGAACGCAUUGCUGAAAGAACUCGAGCAAUGGGCGAGUGAAAAGGGAUUCGAGUUGGUGGUGUUUACGGCAUCGGACUACAAAACACUCGACGAUCUGUUCAUGUUGUUGGCAGAUGUGGAUGUGGUGCUUGGGCCGCAUGGAGGCGCGUUUUAUAACAUGCUGUUCAUGAGGAGAGGGAUUACAGUGAUCGAGUUUGUGCCAGACUCGCGCAUGUUUUUAAGUACGGCUCAGGCUGUGCAUCUGAUCAUCUAUCUUCAGGCUUCGCUUUUGGGGAAUAAUUACUUUAAUAUUCGCGCAGCUGACAAGGGGCAUUCGAACAUGUACAUCAACCCUUCCCUGGUCCUCGAGAUAUUGAAUUCUGCUUUCUAA